UCAAUAAUUUGUAAACAGAAAAAGCGAUUAUGUUUGUUCAUGUUGAUAACUUAUUUCACAAAAUAAAUUUUAAUUUUUAUAUAUUAUUAUAACUGGUAGCCCGUUUAUGAAAGUACAUUUAAACGUCAUAGAUUUUACAGGUAAUUACUUAGUUUAGAAGUUCUAAUUGAUUAUGUAACGUCGUUUUAUUAGUUAAAUAAAAUUUCAAACUGCUUUUAUUAAAACUAAAUACUAACUAAUAUUCGAUUUUUUUAUAAACUAUGACGAAUAGGUUUAUGUUAUGACCAUUGGGGCCAUAGGGCCAAUAUAUAUAUAUAUCUCAUAGACUAAGUAACACUAAAACCUAGGGUAUUUUGUUCCUGUAAAUAUUUAAAAAUGUUAGUUAAUCUUACACGAUUCCACGUGUUAGGGCGUCAGUGUUUUUCACAUUAAGCUAGUCACUCCUUACCUUAGAGCAUAGAAUACGAAAUCUCAACGAAUGAAAAACGUUCCGAACAAAAAUGCCGGCAUGGGAUAUAUUAAAAAGAGGCCGAAAAAUUUACUGAUUUACUUUAAGCUUUACAAAAACUUUAUGGCGGAAGACUGGUCAUAUCAUAAAUAAAUUUUUUUUACUUAUACUUUGUCGAGAAUUAAAUAAUUUGAAAAUGAAACUAAUCGUAAUUAAUGGGUUUUUCGAUUACAUAUUUUAUAAGAGAAAUAAAUGCAAACAAGUAGGGCUUUAAAUAACACAUUUGGAUAUUCUUAAACUAUACAAUAGAAACUGCACUUUUCCAUGCACAAAAAAUAAAAAUAUAACAAACGAAUAAUCGAAGAUAAAUAAGUUGUGCUGCAAAGUAAGGUAGAUAUAUCAUUCAUAGUUAAUAUGACAUCUGACAUUUCAGUUUUGACAUUAGCAAAACCAACCGCAGUAAAAAUUUGUUCUCCAAUUUUUAUGUUGUAAAAACAAAUAAUUGAUAUAAUAAACUAAGUUAUAUUAUUUUCAAUAUGGUCCAAAUAAGUUAAUAUUUCACUAUGCUCUCGUAAGUCAUAAAGAUAUAAAGAUCUGACCUUUUAAAAACCAACUACAGUAUUUUCCUGUAUUAUUAGUGUAAAAAGAUAGAUGAAUAUUAGAAAAUUUUGUAUACCAUUAAGCGAAACUGUAAAUAGUCCGUUCUAAAUGGACAAAUACCAACCGUAACUCGUUUUUGUUUAGUCGAUAUCCACAAACGAAUAGUUCGUCUUCAUGUUGACUUUGUGCCAUAAUUAUUUUCGUGUUUCGCCAAAUAACAAAAACAAUAAUGAUGGUGGGCAAGACUUUAGUAAACGAAAAUUUGCGUUUGGAAUAUUUAUUUUAUUCCUUGUAUGUGUAUUGUGGGUGGUAUCAUCAGAGUUGACAAAGUACAUAUAUAUAGAGAAGAAGUUAGAAAGACCAUUUCUUGUGACUUAUGUUAGGAGUUCAUUAUUAUUUGUCUAUCUAUUGGUAUUAUGUUUUACUCCACCAACAAAAGAUCGAUGCCAGCCUGCUGAUUACACGCAACUUUUAGAACAGACAGAAGAAACAGGCGAUGACAGCUUUUACACAGAAGGCAGUAGUAGCCUGGGUGACUCUACAUUCGUUCCUGUGAGAGCCGGCGAAACAACUGAUAGCGAUGACCAAUCUCCCAGGGCUGUGAGAUUCAAUAAAGUAGCCGAGGUGCGUGUUAUGUCGGCGGCGAUGGCUGGAGAGGCUCUGCUGGCUCGCCUGUCAUGGUCGGCUUCAAUCCGCGCCACAGAGUACGCACAACGUAGAGCAGCAGCGGCCGCUACAAGGAGACAUCUCAGGCUGGCUUUAGUAUUCUGUGUACCGUGGUUCAUUUCCAACUACCUGUACCGGCUAAGUUUGUUGCAUACAACGUCAUGCUCAACUACCCUCUACACUUCAACAACCGGAGCAUUUGCCCUAUCAUUCGGAGCAAUGUUCUCUCAAGUGCCCACUGAUAGAUUUUCGACAUCCAAAUGUAUAUCUGUCCUGCUCACAGCAGCAUGUCUGGUGGUAUUAGGCAUAUCAGAGAGCCAUCACAAUAACUGGUUGGCUGUUUUAUCAGCUAUUGGAUCAGCGUUCUGUUAUGCUUUACACCUCUUACUGUUCCGACAGGAAUUAAGGAAGGGUGAUGGCAUUAAUUCAUUCCUAUUAGUUGGUGUUGUCGGUUGUGCAUGUGGCUGUCUUGCUUGGAUAGCUGGCGGUCUAUUGGCUGCUGGUGGUGUUGAACGAGCUGACCUUCCAUCACCACGUCUAUGGAGCUGGUUGUUAUUGGACGCAGCUCUUGGGCCACUACUCAUUGAAUCGUUGUGGUUGUGGGGUAGAUGGUUGACGUCAUCUCAGACUGCCACGGCAUCCUUGGCGUGUAUAUUUCCAUUGUGCGUCUGUGUGGAGGCGUGGCGAGGGACGGGCAGUGUGUGGCGCAUAGCGGCGGCGGUACUCGCGGCUGGUGCAUGGGUUUUGGCCACACUGCCUAUACACAAACCACUCGGUUGGAUCACGGCUAGGAUACGAACGGAUGGAUUCACGGCUAUACGUAAUAUAUCAGAUUUGGACGAACAAUCAGAAGCUCUCAUGUCAUCCGAUGAACCGACGUAACCCAUAUCAAAUAUUUCAAUGAAAACGACAAAUGCGUUGUAGUUAAAAUAGUAAUCGACUUAUAAAGUCGACUACAAUAAGGCCAACGAGACGAGAUAAAUUUUGUAAAUACACUUCGAACUAAAUCAAGCUACGAUGAUACCAUUUUAUAAUAUAAUAAAAAUCACUUUGCAACAGCGGAUUCUGAUUGUGAUCAAGCAAAACAUAAAAUGCUCAUUUGUAUUGAUAACUUUAUUUCACUUUUAAUCUCUCUUUAGACGCAAUAAUUGCGUUCAAAGUCAAUUCUCUUGAGAUCAUCUUGUAGGAAUAACUCAUUAUAUUCCCUUUUAAUCCAGCGACUCAUAGUUUAUAGAAAUGUCAAUGUGUGACGCAGUAUUGCAUAUAUUUUAAGAAUUAAUUUCCCCCUUCGACAUAAUUGUAGCAGAUUUUGAUAUAUAUAUAAAAUCGUAAAUUACAUAUAUAUAAUGUAAUAAAUUCUAUGGUUGGCACAAAUGUGUUUGUCAUUGUGUUUUAUGCUCUCACAAUAAAAUAUUUUCUUUGUA